UUUGCAGAAGGAAGCAAGUUGAAGAAAGGAGCAAGCGGAGAAGAAAUGGCUGCAGCAUCUAGGUCGACGACGUCAAUGAGAUCCAUCUUCAGAAACGCUACUGCACGAAGAUUGAUCUCACCUAGAGCUAAACCCUCCUCAGUCCCAAACCCUAGUUUCACUUCCCCGCGCUUCAACACUUCUUCACGAAUCGAAGGUUCUGUUCCCAGGUUUCUUCGGCGAGAGCUAAGCACACAGCAACCAUUUCACAGUCUUGUUGCUGCUGCUUGUCUUGUUUCGAAACUCCCCUCUGAUGUCACUUCUCCUGAAGGUAGAUUUGCCAACUAUCUCAGUCCCAUCUAGUACCAGCACUUGAAGUAGAUGGAUGGCUUAACAUCCUGGUGAGGUGAUUGUUUUGCGCUAAGUUCAACGUUUUCAGGGAAAGUCAGGUUCUUAAGUUACAUCUGUCAACUGUCUUUGCAAUCUCUCAUUUUUUAGAUUGAACUUUCUUUCAUACAUUUUUUUUGGCAGAAGUUAUUACUGCCAUUUAGUGUUACUUGGGUUUGUAUCUUUUUAAUCAAAUGAUGAUGAUUCGACCAUAGUUAUUGUCAGAAUGUAGGAUAAGUUCUCCCGGAUUCAUCUACUCUUGUUUAUUAGAAAAUAAGCUCGUUUGCACGGGAUGAGAUCUUUAUGUAUGUUCCAUGGCCUUUAUUUUUUUUGACUCAAAUAAAGUGAUAAGCCUCUGCACAUCUA